UCUCAAAUUCCAGAUCCAGUAGUCCGUUCCCGGCCUCACAGUGGCAAUGACGGAACCUGUCCUGCCACUAUGACCCUUCGCGUUGCGUUUAUAUACUCCGCGGCGAUCUCGGUGGUGCUGUUGUUGGCCCAUCGACCAGCUUACGCUGGACAUGAACAACAAGAGGAUCGUCACUACCACCUGGAAAAUGACGUAGAAAAUGUGACGACGGUCUCGGUGUAUACUAUCUCUCCGGUGCCCGCUUUACAUCAUAAUGAAACUCUCCUACAAGAAAAAGAUCCGCUUUUUCCGAAAGACCUUUUCACGAAUGAACAACGUCGAAACGGCGCAAUUAUUCUUCACAUCAUUGGUGUUGUUUACAUGUUUGUUGCUCUAGCUAUUGUCUGCGAUGAAUUUUUCGUACCAGCACUUGAUGUCAUCAUUGAAAAACUUGACAUUCAAGACGAUGUCGCUGGAGCUACUUUUAUGGCAGCUGGUGGUUCGGCGCCGGAGCUGUUUACCAGCGUUAUAGGUGUUUUCGUUUCUUUCGACGAUGUCGGUAUUGGUACUAUUGUCGGUUCGGCUGUUUUUAACAUUCUUUUUGUUAUUGGAAUGUGUGCGAUUUUUUCGAAAACCGUAUUAACGCUCACGUGGUGGCCUCUAUUCAGAGACUGUUUUUUUUAUUCGGCUAGUCUCAUUACGCUUAUUGUAUUCUUCAGAGACAGCCACAUUUAUUGGUACGAAGCGUUGGUGUUAUUCUCGUUUUAUAUAGCGUACGUCAGUUUCAUGAAAUGGAACCAACCAAUGGAAAGGCUCGUUAAAAAACUCGUAUAUAAGAACAAAGUGACCAGGGUUAGAAGUACCGAUCAACUCAUGCCUACGCACCAAGCCGCAGCUCAAGCUCUGCAUGGUACAGUUGCGACUUCGAGUGAAACGAGCGUCGGGACGCAGCCAGGUGGUAGUGUAACUUCUCGCACAGCUUCCGAAACACCCCAAUUACAACCUUCGAUCAGCCACCAUCAGACAGGUGCGAAAUUUCGUCAUGGGCUGUUACAACUUAUGAUACACACCAUUGAUCCAAUGCACGACGGUAAAGUGGACGAAAAAGCCACCCAGCUUCAUGCCAUCGCCUCCCUCAAAGUGCUGUUAGAUGCCACCAAACCCCAAAAUGGCGCAACAACGACCUCUGCUGCCAAUCAUAUUAAUUUAGCAACAAAGCAAGAAACUAUGCUUGCUCCAUCAUCAGGCUUAACAGACAUACCAAACGGAGUAGCUAACGCUUUGACUGAUAUUAACUUGGAUGCGCGGCGCAUGUCGUCGGUGCGCGCACGCAAGUCGUUAACUUCACAAGCAGUCGUAUGUCUACAGGUCGAUGGUGUCGAAGAAGAUCCUCCCGAAGCUAUGGACAUCAGCUGGCCUUCGGGGUUUCGAAAAAGAAUUACAUAUGUGCUCUUAGCUCCAAUCGUCUUCCCAUUAUGGCUCACCCUGCCAGAUACGAGGUCGCCAAGGGUUUUUAUACUUGUUACUGUAGGUAAAAAAUUUUUCCCCGUAACAUUUCUCGGAAGCAUUGUAUGGAUAGCAGCUUAUUCUUAUCUUAUGGUUUGGUGGGCCAAUAUGGUAGGCGAUACCGUACUAAUACCCCCGGAGGUAAUGGGAUUAACAUUUUUGGCGGCAGGUACCUCCAUUCCCGAUCUCAUUACUUCGGUUAUCGUAGCCAGAAAAGGUUUCGGUGACAUGGCUGUCUCAUCUUCAGUCGGCAGUAAUAUUUUUGAUGUUACCGUCGGAUUACCAGUGCCUUGGUUGCUGUAUGGCAUCAUUUAUGGGAAACCAGUUGAAGUAAAUUCUGUUGGAAUGGUUUGUUCCAUUACAAUCCUUUUCAUGAUGCUUAUUUUCGUGAUUAUGUCUAUAGCCUGCUUCCGAUGGAAGAUGAACAAAGGACUUGGUUUUACCAUGUUCAUGCUCUAUUUCGUUUUCGUCGCUGUAUCAUUAAUGUUCGAAUAUCAAUAUCUAGUAUGUCCUUUUUAAGAAAAAAAUACGAGAUAAUAAGGACAAAAAACUAUAAAUAUAAAAGAAAAGUUGAAUGAGAGUGAUAUAGGUCGUAUUUCAAACUAACGUCUCAAAAAAAUUACUCGUAUACAGUGAAAUCCUAAACUAUACCUCGUAAGUCAUUAAAACUCUUUAGUGGUUGGUGAGAUACUAAUAAAAAUUUACGCGGUUGGUCCUUAAUUAAUGAGGAAUAGUAGACUAAUAUUUUCGUUCCAAAAAAAUAUUCCUUAAUUAAUUAUCAAUCACGGUGAUUUGAAUCAGGCAUUUCUUCAAAUUCCCUUUAUCUCUUUCGUCAUGAUCAAACAAUGUGAAGUCACAUUUUUAAAUUUGCUCCAUUAUGUUUUUCUUCUCUUUUUACUCUAAAAGUCUUACUUGUUCAUUUCACUAUUGGAUUUGUUUGAAUUAGACGUUUCUGCAAAUGUUUCCGGCUCUUCGUCUGAUAUUUCAUUUCACUCUAAUUCGUUUAGGAAUCCCCAAACCAGCGUGGAUCUUAUGAUAUUAAAGCUCGAAUCCUAAUCAUUCCUUCGAUUGCUUGAAAAGUACUUACUCAAGCUUUCAGAGUAUUUGGUUCUGGAUUCCUACACUUUAUUUUAGCUAUAUUUGCAGUUAUGGAACCGUCUACUGCACUUUAUCCAACUCCUUCGAAGGUUCUUGUCUAACGAGUACUCCAUUUUCAGUUCCUGUCAAUACAAGAUACCCAGUCUAGUCGUAUAAAUGACCUACAAGCACCAUUCGUGUUUUGCACCAUCGAAUCAAAACCAUUUUUUGCACAAAAACACCCUUAUUACCCCUUGGAUCGCUACUAGAUGAGCCAUUUUCUCAAAGUACAAUAGGACUUUCCUAUUUUCUUCUUUAUCAAUUCCAUGUUGCAGGUUUUCUGUGGUUUUCUUGUAAUCUGGCAAACUGCUACACCAGCCGCAGUUCUUAUCUAAAAGAGACUCCAAUCUUUUCAAUGAUAGUUAUUCAUGCUAUAAGGACCUUAACCCUUGCUACCACUCAAGCGCACAAUCGUAAAUGUCACCCCAUGAUGGUAAGUUGACUUAUUUCUUAUGAAAGCACAACUUUUACUAUGGAUAACUUGGAAUUAGUGAGGAUUUUGCUUCCCUCAACCAUUUUUCUGAUUAACUGAUCUCUGUAAAAUAAACGUUACCGCGUUGAAUUAAAAAUAUUUACAGGAAACAUCAGAGCCUUUAGUUCUGAGAAUAUCUCACCGGAAUUAUUGAAAUUUUGUCUAGAAACUUCAAUUUCGUAUAAAAAAGUUGAUUUGAUAGAGGAUUUUUCAUUUGAACUCAUUAUUGAUUGUUUUAAUGAAUUGUAAAUACAUCUACGCUUGAUUUCACAAACAUAAUAAAAUUUUGAUUAAGUUUUCGACAUCAAUUGGAUGAUUUUCUCAUAGUUUUUUUAUUAAUUCUGUUUGACUAGUUAUUGUUAACAUGUUAACAUCAAUACGUCAAUAACUUCCUCUUUGCCACAUUUGCUUGAGCUAAUCCGUUCACAAAUUAUUAAUGAUCCUCUUAUCAGAACAUUUUUCUAACCUUUCUUUUGAUUUGUUAAUGGAACUUUCUCUUUUUAAUAUUUUAAACCUUAUAAUCUUGAUAAUCAUUUCAAAUUUGGGAUUAUAAUUUUUCUUUAAUGAAAAUCUGACUUCCAUUCAAAUUUCUCACAUCCUAAGUAUCCCCCAUCUCUUUUUUUUUCUUAUAUUAUUCAUUCUCGUCAAUUUCAUUUACAUUAAUGAUGUUUGUCAUAAUCAAACUUUCAAACUAAAACUGUCACAAUUGAAUAUGAAUUAUCUCAAUCUCAAUAUUUUGGUUUCUACUUUAUAUUGUAUGCAUCUGUGGUACCCACCAUGCAUAUUCAGUUCCUGGUCUCUCCACGGUGAACGCGAGUGCAAGUAUGUGAACUCGCCUUUACUCGCGUGCUUUCGAGAGUGAUUCAAAGCACGCGAGGACGUGAUUAAAUCGAGAGUGUGGAUGGGUAGCACUUCGUUCGUUUCGAGAGCUCUUGGGAAGUUAGGUUAGAGCAGGUUGGACUGUCUUCUACAUUUGAACUCGCGUUAUUACCUAUUGACUCUGUUAUUAGAUAUUGUGAACCUCUCUAAUUUAUCCACUUGCCUAUUUGCGUUGAGGUAUACUCUUUCAAACUUAAAUAUUCGAACAUUACGCGAAGAUACAAUCCAUAUUGAUAUUGAGGUGUAAUUUUCGGGCUUCUACAAAUAUAUGUUUCAACAUUUUUAGAUUUGUCAGUUUUUAGAUUGAAUCCAUACAUAUAUAUGAUAUAUAUAUAUGAUACUAUGAUAAAAAAAUGAUUGUUUUGAUCUAUAUAUGGGUCAGGGUCAGCACAAAGAGACCAGCCUAAAUAUUAGUUAAAUAUUUUAUAAAUAAUUGACGUUAGUUUCGUAUACGGCAUUAGAAAAGUUUUUUUAGGAAAAUAAAAUCAUCAAUAUUAUUGUUAUUACAUACAUAUGGACAGUCUAAUAACCUAUAUUUGAAAAAUUUAUUAUCAAAAAUUCCGAUCAAGAAUGAAAGAAUCUUCUAAUUAAGAUUCGGAUACAAAAAUUCUUCAGAGUUUUAUAUUUUUAGUGCCUCCACAGGUAAAUCAAGUUGAUUUGGUAGAGUCGAUUUAGAGUACCAAAUCAAAUUCUAUGUAAACAACAUAUUCACGAUAGGUACUGUAUAAAUUAUUAUUUUAAUAAAUACACUUGUUGUUAUACAAUGAGUUUCGAAAAGUCGAAACUAUUAUUAUUCAUAUCAGAGAAUUUCGUAUGUACACUGUUCAAAAGUAGCAAUCAGGUUAUAAAAAUUCUAAAUUUCCAGAUGGUGUACAGAAGAGGACAAAAAAAAAUAAGAAAACAUUGAACAAGAGUAUCUACAUACUGAAUACACUGUUUACAACACCACGACACCAACAAUAACAAUUACUCUGCAUAACGUGCGUUUCGAUAACCAAGUUAUCGUCUACGGAGACUGAAGAUCAACUGAAACUCUUGAAUUACCUGUUUUAUACAAAAUCUUCCCACCAAUUAACAUUCUUUUGCGAAAAUUAGUUCCAGUGGGAAAAAACUUCUUGGCGGGAAUCUUCAAAGCAUCCAACAAAUUAUUAUUGGAUACAUUUUUCAACAAUUUUAUUUAUGUCAUGAUUAUGACUGGCAGCGUGGCUGAUUUACCGGUCCGUCCAUAUUUCCAAUGAGCUAUGUGCUCUUUAAACCGAACAAUAACGGAUCUCUUAGUCUGCCCAAUAUACUACUACACUUGAGCUAAUUCCAUAUAUACCACUCUUUUCCAAAUUUGGUAUUUUAUCCUUAGGAUUGCCGAACAAUUGUUUUAAUAUAUUGUUGGAUUUAUAAAACAAUUUAAAACCUACUAAGGAUUGAAAGGUAUCAGAGCGAAUUUUUCUUGUUUUUCAUUUUGGGUUUUGGAAAAAAGUGGUUUUACUUAGAGAUUACUUAAACCUACGACGAUUGAUCAACAUAUUUACAAUUUUACUAUCAUAACCGUUGAGUACAGCUACAUCCCCAAUGAAGGUCCUUUCCUAAUUGUAUCUCUCGAUGGUAAAUGGAUUAACCAAUGUACCAGAAAAUGGAGACUGGUCAUCUUUUGUUAAUUACAAUCAAAAGAAUCAUCCGGGAUGUACCUGCACGUAGCGGGGUUUUUUCUAAAUACAUCAAAUUCUAAUCUAUUACUAUUUCUAAUUACUAAAGUAUUUGAAAAUGGUGUCCUUCUUCAUAUUGAAUAUGGCGAAAAUAUCAUCCACAUACCUGUACCAUACCCUGGAAAAUACUGACUGAUUUGCUUUUCAAAAUGACUCAUUAAGAAUUCAGCCAUAAAAUGUGAUAGGCAGUUUUCCAUUGAAUUUGAAAUUGCUAGAUGUAAGAGUAGCUUGAAAAGGGACAAAGUGCUUAUUCCUUACAGCCUAAAGUUUAGAAAUCAAAGAAUGAAUAUGAAUAUUCUCGCCAAGGAGAAUUUUCGCGGGAGAAAGUUUAUUGGUGGGAAAAUUUAGUUGAAAACCGUCAAUAUUUUACCUUCAGUCUCUGAAGACGUUAACUUGGUUAUCGAAACGCAUGUCAGACAGUGUAAUCGUGAGUGUCGGUGUAUACAAUGUGUUCAGUAUGAUUAUCGCCAACUGUUCCAGAAAUUCCAACUAAAAAGUAUGUACUCUGAAUCUUGCUGAUAAUAUCAUCAUCAUCAACUGAUAUCAUUGGGACAAAACGAAUUCGAAUUAGCCUAAUUUGGACUAAUUUGUAUAGAGCUGAGGACAUUUUUGUAUAUAGAGAAUAAAAAAUAAACAAUAAUCUAUAUGUAGGUAUUUUUCGGUAGACAGAAUUCAAUUCUAAAUAUUUGAUAAUAUCCAAAAUGAAAAUAGUAUACUUUUGAUUAAAAUCUCUAUUUUUUGUUCUCCUCUGUACAUCGUUAGAUAAUUUAGAAUUUCGGGAUUUUCUGGAAAAUUGAUAAUUGAAAAGUAAGUGCAGACUUUUUGAUACUCAGUGUAAUUCACGAAAACAGUACAUUAGAAAUUAACAUGUAUUGAAUUGUCCAAUUCCUCUAGCGCUAAAUGAAAAAUUUUUGUUCAAUUCCGUCGUAAUGGUGAGAGGAAAAAGAAAAAAUUUUCCAUGACCUUAGAGGUUAUGAGAGAUACUUGAUAUUCUCUAAUCAAUUGUCAAAUUGAACAUGAUGUCCUAGAAAUAUAUUCGAUCUAGAAUUUUAAACAAAUGUUUACUAAACAUUCCAAAAUUUACAAAUCACAAUAUGAGUCAGCUGUAUUCAAAAUACGUUUUUUCACGUAGUCUAUACGAUUUAAAAGUAUUUACAGCUAUAAAGAAUGUCCUAAAAGCUGUUAAACAUAUAAAAAAUAAGAUUUUUUGGUAGACUUGAAGUGCUAUUACAUGUUUUGAAGUUUCGAAUAUCACUAUUCAGUAUAAUACAUCGUCAUAACUGAAUUUCGAAUAUCAUAAUUGAUAAUUCUAUGGAUUCUUUGGGGCGUCACGGAAAAGUUUGAACUUGGCGAACCACUUUUCAAAUUAUUGGUUUUCUUAUAACAAAUUUCGAAUAAUUUUUAUGCUUCAAUAAUAUUUCGUUGCCAAUAAAAUAAUGCUUCAUUAAUCAAGGAAAUUCCUUCAUAUCGAUUUUUCCUAACUAACAGAGGUCGCUUCAUUCAAAAUGCCAAAUUCGUACACAUGUCUGUUGAAGAUUAGAACUAACCAAAAAUUAUAUGAAUACAAUACUAGUAGCGUCAUCUAUGUGUCGGGCUACUUAUUAUAUAAGACUUGCUUAAGCCACAGCGUAUAUUUAACUUUUGAAACAUUGUAUACGAUUGUUUAUAGAUUUAGAAUCGUAACGGUAAUUUUUCCUAUGACUUUGUGUAAGAAUUUUCUAACAAUACACAAUUCUGUCAUCUGUCAUUAGAGAGGCGCUACUAUCGCAUGAGUAUAAGUUUUAAAUAAAGCGUUAAAAAUUUAAGAAUAAGGACAGAGAAAGAAAGAAAUACAAAAAUUCUUACCAAUUCACAAUAAUUGACAUUCAGCGUUAUCUCAAAGUAGUUUUUCUAGGUUAUAUUUACAAAAUUAUUUUGUACUAUGUGAAUAGUUUAGAUUUUUUAUACCAAUAUUGAAUUAACGACUCUAGUCAUUUGAAAUAUAAAAUCUUCUAACACUGCAUCUAUCACUCUAUCUAAAAUAACUAAGUUCAUAUGAUAAUACGUCCGACAGGAGCGCCAUUCUGUUUAAAUUUUGAAUUAUAAUUUACCGUCUACAAGCGGACAGUUUUUAAGCUAAGCCCCCAUAUGAGAUGGUCCUCCUUACUUCUACCCUCCAUACUUUGAACAAGAACGUUUCCUAACCUAACCAUAUCUCUCCCUUCUUCUUGCCUUCCAAUAUUAAUGUUGUGUCACGUUCUUUGUUCAACUAUUGUUUGAUAUGAAUUUUAGGACAUCUUGUGCAAAUUUAAGAGUUGACACCUUUCACUAAAGUCGUGGAAAAUACGAAUGCGUAGGCUGUUCACUAGAACUAGUUUGAAUUAAGACCUCAAUAGGAAUAAAUUAUAAUGAUAAGUGUAGUGAUUGGAAAGACUUUGAUUUAAUAAUUAUUUAAUAGUAUAUCGAUUCGAAAUUUAUUAUUUUUUUGUUGGAAAUAUCUUCUUCACGCAAUAGCAAUAAUAAAUAUUUUUGGUAAUGAUUACGAAAGAAGAUAUUCAAGUAUAGAAUCAAAGUACAACUGCUUCUCAUAUAAAGUAGAUAUGGCUUAGUUGUUAUAAAUAGUUUUAUGGAUAUUAGAAACAUUUUUAAAAAAUUUUUGUAAUACAAACGAAAAACGGGUGAAACUUGGAAUAAAUAGAUUUCAUAUACAUUAAGAGGCUAAAUUAUGAAAUAAAAUUAUUAUUUAUAUACAUUUACGUAUGAGGAUAUUUUUUUGUUUCGAAAUUACAGUUUUCCAAUUUGAAUUUUGUACGAGGACGGUCCCAGAAGUACCCAAAUAAAGAAAAGUUCGAUAUCCUUUUUAUUGUAAGAAUCAUUAAGCAUCACCUCUUCAUUGUUGGUGAAUCUCUCUGACCAUAGAUCAAUUUUUUCAAGUGUGGGAACAGAAAAUAAUCCGAGAGGGCUAAAUAUAGCAAAUUGGGUAGCAAUUCGAACUUUAAUUCAUUAAAUUGGGCCAUUGCAAUAACGUAUAUGUGAGCUGGUGCAUUGUUUUGAUGAAACAACAUUUUCUUCGUAGCCAAAUGCGGAGGUUUUCCUUGAUUUCUUCACUCAAACGUUUUUCCUUUUUCAAGAUAGUCAAUGAAAAUUAUCCCACGCGAAUCCCAAAAAACAGACGCCUGCAGAUGGAAUGAUCUUUGUCUUCUCUGGAUCCGUUUCUCCUUUUUCAGUCCAUUGUUUUGAUUGUUUUUUGGUUUUGAGCGUGAAGUUAUGGAACUUCGUUUCAACUAUGGUUUGGCUCUAUAUAAUUGCCAAACACUUGUUGUAAUUAAAAGUUUCCUUUUCCAAACUAGAACGUUCAGGUGACCUCAGUAAAAAUUGGAAGUCUAGUACUAGUUUAAUUCAUUAAUUUUGGACGUUGCAAAAAGGUAUGUGUGAGCAGUGCAUUGACUUAAAAGAAUAAUGUUCUUAGCUAAAUUUGGCCACUCAAACGUCGUGAUAAGUUCCCAUAAUAUUCGCCGUUGAUGGGUUUUUCUUUUUCAAGAUAGUCAAUGAAAAUUAGUCAACGCGCAUCCCAAACCGAACCAUGACCUUGACUACAAAUGGAACGGUCUUUACCUCGAAUGAAAACCUCUUCACGACGCUGUUAUUGUUCUAUUGCGAGCAAACGCUAUAACCAUCUUGCGCACAGCUUUUUCAUUUCCAAAUUUUCAGUUAAUUUGUGAUGUAUCGCACUUUUUGAAAUGCUCACUAUGCCUACUAGCUCGCACACUUACAGUCGACGAUCAUCCACUACCGCUUUGUAGAUUUUCUUCAACAUUUCUGAAGUUUUCACCUCAUUUGGUCGACCACCAUAUUUAACUAUUGAUAAGGAAGAAGCAGUCUCAUCCAGAGUAGAAUAUAGUUCAUAACGAUGACCAAUUUUUUACAAAUUCACUAAAUACGUUCACUAUUGAUGGCUGCCAAACAAAUACUAAACAACGUAUGGUCUUCAAACUGUUUAGAUUGUGUACUUUCUUAUUGCAGUAGUAUUUUUCAAGCAACUACCGCCAUCUCUAGGUCACGCUAGGUACUGUGCCAAAAGUGGUGAUGUCUCCUAUUAAUAUUACAGUAAAAAAUUUCAUUAAUACAAUUUUCGCUUCUUCCGUUGUUAUAAAUAAAAAGAGUAAAGUAAAAUGAAGUAAAAAAGUAAAUUUUUUUUGUUGUCCUGGAUAAAAAUUUACGUUUUCAGUCAUUAUUAAUUCUUUGAGCCUUGUUUUUGCGUAUUUAAACAACACGUGGUCACCACUCGCACGACUCAAAUACAAUCCCUGAAAAAUUUCCUCAAAGUAGUUAAAAACAACCAACGAUCUUCCCUCUUCUUCUCUAAUGAACAUUGAUUCUAAUAUUUAUUUAACAAUGAAAUAUUUUUGUCCCUUCUCUUGUAGAGCACAUUUCUGUACGAAACGACGUGGCGGACAACCGGUUUAUACACGGUGACUUCGAGUGAUCGAAAACGAGUAGCAUCCGAUAUUCAAGAGAGAUAGACAUAAUAAGGAGAGGAGCCUAGAGUGACUCUUCUAGUCUUGUUAAUAUUCCGUGGUUGUUCUCUUUCUAAUGAUACAUAUGAGACAAGUACAGAAUAUUAUCUGUGGUACCGGUCAAAAACUGCAAGCUUACCAAACUUACUUAAAAGACCGUGUUCAAUAGGUUAUGGUGUCAUUGGUGUUGAAGGCUCUAAAGGAAAGGUCAGACUGGAAAAAUUAUACACAGAUACAUUCGAUAUUACCACAGGAGUAAGACAAGGAGAGAAGCUUUCAAAGCUGCUGAAGCUAUUCCAAGAGGAAAGAAAUUAAAUAUUUUAGCUUAUGCUGAUGACGUAGCUUUAACAGUAAGAGGCACGAAAAGUUAGGUUUAGAUAUGAAUGAAGAUAAGACUGAAUCGCUGGAAGAGCUGCAGAGCCCAAUCAUUCAAUAAAGCUUUAAAAUUACAGAAGAAUUUAAGUACAUAGGAUUUACUAUGAACAGCAACAAUAAAAUAGAAGAAGAAAUACAGAUGAGGUUAAAUGCAGCUGGUAGAUGUUUUUGAUCCUAUCGAAAUUACUUAAAAGUAAAAACUAUUGUCAAAAAAUACUAACACUAACAAAACACAUCCAAAAGAAGUUAAUAACAUUUGAAAACGAACGCUGUGAUAAGAAAUAAAAGAAUUAGGUGGCUGGGGCAUGUAAGAAGAAGGGAUAAACAAUAAGAAGAGUGUGGAGAGGUCAACCAGAAGAGAGACCAAGAGCAAAAUCGAAUGACCAAGAGGGUGAAGAUGUAAGGAGACUUGGUGGGGAAGUAGAUAUGGCUGAGGAUAAAAAUUAUGGAGACAACUUGUUUGUGAGGACAAAAUUCAACUGGGAUUUGAGUGGUCACAGUAGUAGUAGAAGUAGUAACUGAGUUAGAGGGUGUCGGUUAAGGUGGGAUUAAUUAGUAAGAUAAAAAUCAGUAAAAUCGGAUCCAUCUUAUUGAUAAUGGGUAUAAAAUAUGUCUGAAAUGAAUUUGAUAUCAAAUGUACGAUAUAAUAUAAAUAUAUUUAUUUCAAGUUGGCCUAAAAACUUCCCGAAAAUGUAUAGAUAAUAUUACUGAUAGUGAAAUAUAUACAUAUCUAGCUUGUAGAUAUUGAAUUUAGAAAAUCGACAAAUUAGUGUACAUAAUAAAAUAGUUUAGUUGUUUGGCGUGAAUAUUUCAAUAAUUGUUCUCUAACAACGCCUUUCUUUCUGUUUCAAGUAUGUGAUAAAAAUCUAUUAGAAAUAUUAGAAUUUAAUAUGCAACACGCACACGUGCUUCUUCGUAAAUGUUUGUACCAAAAAAAAAUGACUUUAUUUUAACAUAAAAUGUUGUAGUCAGAAAAUUGUAAUGUUAAUAAAUCUGCGAUGAAUGACUUUUCCACAAGACGUUAAAUAAAGAAACGACCAAUUUUCAUUCAUAUUAACAACAUUGUAUUAUUUGUUUAUAUUUAUUUAUUUACACACACUACAUUAUUAAAGACACUACCCACUAAUAUAUGAUAGUACAGUCAGUCAAGCUUAAAAUCGACCGAAACUUCGCAAUUUUAAAGACCUUCAUCGAAUUUCUUCAAAAUUUGGAGUUCAUUUUAACCUUCUCUUCAAACCUGACUUGAUCGCAAAGUAUCCUUUUCAUUUUUAAGGGGUGAAAAUCACCCCUUACUCCAAUAAAUUGAAAACUAAUGAAUUAAAGUGGUAAUAAGCUAUAGUUAUGUUCAAAUAUAAUAAAUGUUGAUUGUUUUGUAUCAUGACUUUGAUAUUUUGAUAUUUUACAGCUCACCUACCCUUAAAAACAACCCCUCAUACAAAGAUUAUUUAAAAAAUAAGGUAAGAAACAUGAAAUUUUUUUAUUUUGGAUCGUAAUAGGAGAAUUUUUGUUCUUCAAGUAUAACAAAUCUGACCCUCAAUAUUUUCAAUAAUGCAACUACCAAAAACCACCCCUCAGAAUGGAAAAAAUUACUAAAUGGAAGUAGUUAUAGGGCUCAUUAUGUUCAAACAUGUGAAAUGAUUGUUGUUUUAUUACAAUGUAAUAUUAUUUAUAUUUUUUAUAUGUAACUACCCUUAAAACAAACCUGAUACAUGAGUUUUCAAUUUAAUUCAACCCUUAAAAACCACCCCUUAUCACAAAAGUAUAUAUGUAUAUGAUGAUAUUUAAAGAAAGAAAUUUUAAGCAAGUGUUCAUCACGAAAGAGUUUCUUCCUCUCUUCAAUUUCUCUCUCUAAGAAUCACGACGAAAGAAACGCACUUUUAUUUUCUAUCUUUAACUCAUAAUAUUAUUUUUUGCAUGUUUUUCAUGUUUAUACAUGUGGGAAUCCAGAUAUAUAAAUACAAAGGAUUCACAGCAUGUAUAAAAGAAUAAAUACUCCAAAAUGUUGAAAACUUGGACGUUUCGUGAUUUUCCAGCAUUAUCUCUGGAAAAAUGUAUUCGGUUUUUUACUAAUAACUCGGUUUCCCUUUAAGUUUUUUUAUUCAUUCAUACAUCAUUUUGUAGGAAAUUUCAUAAGCUACAAAACCAUUAGAGUUGCAACCCUACUAGGCCCUUUUCUCCAGAGAAUUUUGAUGUUAAAGGGUAAAAAAGACUUUCCCUUCAAUCAAUACUUUAAUAGCUUAUAUCUCAUUUAAUUUUCAAGCUACGUGAGUUUAAAAACAAGCAAAAUGUUCAGUAAAAUAAAAGCUAAAUUUUAGUUACAGUUUAGUUUUUGAGAUAUUGUGAAAAAAUAACAUUUUUUUUAAAUCGAAAAAAAUAUCACAUUAAACAACUUUUUUCAAAAUAUACGUGUUCCAAACCGUUCAAACUUUUGGAACGUGUUGUUAGGGCUUAAACAAAGAUAAUUUUAUAUGUGCUACGAUUAAUUUUAAUUUUUCCGCACAUGGUUCAAAUUUACCGACAUUUUUUUUUUUUUCAAAUUCAAGUUACAUGUUUUCAUAGUAACUCCCUUAAUUUUCAUGCUAGACGGUUUUAUAAAAACUAAUUUCAAAGGAAUAAAAAAGUUCUUUAAAAAUGUUUAUUACAAUUUUUUAUUAAAAAUUGAUCGUUUUUCCGUUAUUUAAACUCAAACCUCUGCAUAAAUUUACGAAAAAGAAAAAAUUGGCUUUCAGUGACUCAUAAGUUGCUAAAUAUUAUUUAAAAAAUUCAAUUUAAACCGACUAAUUUCUUUGUUUUUUUAUAAGCUUCGGUUUUGAUGAGAAUAACUUUUCCAGAAAAUGCGUAAUUUUCGAGUUUUUCGUGAAAAAAUGUUGAAAAACGUGUUUUUUUAAUUUUCAAUCGCGAAUAACUCAGAAAUUAUUUAGUUAAAUAAAAAACUUCAUUCCACAUUUUCCUCAUAAAAUUAUGAUUAUGAAAUUUUAAAUUUCCACCCCCACAUAAGGGUAGCAUUCACUCCUGGGGUAGAAGAGUACAUUGGCACCAAAUCAGGUUUGUUAUUUGCAUCAUUUUUGAGCUUCUGUCAAAAUUUCAAACUAAUCCAUGAAGGUCUUUAAAAUAACGAUGUGAUUUGUGCUUAGUUCACUGUACUAUGAUUAAUUUUACGUCGAGUAUCCGGAGUGAGUAGAAGUGGCACUCACCUACUGAUUAGUCCUUUCAAUCAACAAUCUGCUAAAACGAUUUUUGGGACGCUAUACUCCGUGAUAGGCGUUUUCUUGGUACCUGGAGAUCACUCAUCAAAAAAUAAUUUUUGGUGGCUGCCUUCGAUGGAGAAGAGUCACCGUACACAGCGUCCAAAGGCUUUUACCAAUAUUGCCAUUUUUGAAUGUUCCUAAUAUCCGCUUCCACAGGUACUACAAAUAUAAUUACGAUACAGAUCUGGCUGAAAUUUCUACAAGAAUGUACUUAAUUAAAAUGAAUUUCUCCAAAGAUUUUAAUUAGAGAGACUAGUACGAAUUAGUAAAUGCCCUCGUACCUCCAAUAUAUGAAUAGGAUAAAUAAAAAAAGUUUCAGUAUUGGAUUAAAUAUUUUAGAGACUUUGGAUAACAUAAAAUUGUUUUGCUACUGGUUCAAAACUCAUAUUUACAACCCGAUUGAACAUAAUUCAUCAGCUGGAGUUCAGAGUACGAUCUAGAAAAUAUUUUAUGCUUUUAAAUUUAAACUGAAAGAAGGGAUGAUCAAAUUAAAAUUCAUAAUUCAUGAAUUUUGUUGUAAACCCGAUAGAAAAAUUAGAAUCAUGAACGUUAUUUACAAAUUUUCAAUCAGUGUUUUCUAGUUUUUAUCAACCUUAUCAACUGACUCUAUUAUUUUUCCAUCUCUAACCAAGUUUCCUGAUAAUCUUUGCUAAUUGCAGGAGACUUUUAGCUACGUUAUAUUGUAUAAAAUUUUAUUAGCAGCUUCCUUAUUAUAAGGGAGAAUCCAAUAUAUUUCUUAAAGUAAAAACUUUGCAAUUUUACUUCAACUAAAAAUAGAGCUUCUCCCGAUAGGGUGUUUUAAACACUUUCCAUUUUGAAGAGGAUGAAGAAGAGAAAAUUAAAAUUAACUAUGUGGGAUUUUAUACCGAUAUAAACUAAUUCAAGAUAACGGGCUUCUUUUAGGGUUGCAGCUAAAUUGAUGGUCUACCAAAAACUAAACAAAACAUUUGAUUAAUUACACACCUUAUGUUCAAAGUAAAAAAAUUGACGACUACUUCCGGUUUGAAUCGGGACAUCCAAAACCUACAGCUCCGUAAUUUUAGUCCACCCGAAUUUAUAUACCAUUCAAUUUUUGAAAUCAUUAUUUGAAUUAUUAUUCAUUGCUCUAAAAUGGAGUUUUUUGGAACCGUAGGUGAUGUUCAUGAUGAACACACUAUUAACACUACACCAACACUCACAAUUACAUUGUCUGACGCGCGUUUCGAUAAGCAAAUUAUCGUCUUCAGAGUCUGAAGGUAAAGGUAAACCUUCAGUCUCUGAAGAUGAUAACUUGGUUAUCGAAACUAGCAUUAGACAGUGUAAUUCUAAGUGUUGGUGUAGUGGUUGUGUAUAUAGUGUAUUCAGUAUUCAUUGUCAAGUCACUCAUCGCUUGAACUCAAAGUACAUUUGAAAAAUUUUUAUUAAAUAGAAUUAAUUAAAGAAAAUUUAUUGAGGCAUCAUCGAAAAACACUUUUUGGAAAAGAAAAAGUAAUUAAAAAUAACGAUAUCUAUACAUAUCUCAUUUGCGAAUGAUAUAUCGAUAUAGUCUAGUAUACAAGCUAAAAAAAAAACUUUCUUAUAUAUAAAAAUGUAGCGGUUUUUUACGAAAUAGGUGGAAUAUAGUUCUUCGUCUAAUAAAAAUAAUUUUUAUUGUGGAAAAUAUGAAAAAUACAUGAAUAUUUUCGCAAACUAUGAAAUGGUUUUAGAAAAAUUGCAAAUUCUAGCAAAAUGUGCCUCAAUAAAAUUUUUUAAUUUUAAAAGCUUGUAGAUUAAAUUGAAACAAAUUAAUUUUUAUAUAUGUAUAUUUUAGUUUUCGAAUAAUGUGGAAAAAAUUGUAUAUUCAAAAAGAAAUUGUUGCAAUACUACGAAACUUUGAGGUACCGCAAAGAGCUUAAAAUUUAUUAAGUAAAAAACUUUAAAAAUAAAAAACGGACCCCGGUGUUCUUCUAUUUUUGUUGAAGGUGCCUUUAGGUACAAAAAUAAUAUUAUCUUGAAAAACCACACUCAUUUUACUUAGCAGUUUCACAGAUAUUGUCAGAGAUUCCUAUGCUAACAUACAAAGUUUUGGCAAAAAUGGUAAAAAACAGACUAGAGAACUUAUAUGCUACCUAUUCAUAGAUUACAGAAGGGCCUAUGCCACCGUCAAGAGAAAAAAUCCGUUAUCCAAAAUUCACUACAUCUUAGUUCAAGAACUGAUACUAAGAAAAAGUGCUUCAAAAACACAAAGUUUGAUUAUAGAAAUGAACAUCAAUGUCUUGUAUAUGAGGACGAUUUACAACUCAUGUCAAGAUCCAGGAAAUAACUUGAAACAUUUCAAACUACCGAAAGAAAUGGCAAGAGAAUAUGAAAAAGAAAAGGAAGAAAAGCGGGACAAAUCGAAUAAAAAAAAUUAAGGAGACUAGUGGAAAUGCCGAUAAGAAAAACAGAGAUCGAAUUAAUUUUGGAAGGCAGUACUUCCAACGAGUUUAUGAUAGGAAAAGGUUUGAGAUAAAGAGAUCCAUUAUCCAAAAUUCAAUGAAUCUAAGUUCAAGAACUCAUUCUAAGAAAAAGUGCUUCAAAAACCCAAAGUUUGAUCAUAGAAAUGAACAUCAUAUGAGAACGAUUUACAACUCAUGUCAAGAUCCAGGAAAUAACUUGAAACAUUUCAAACUACCGAUAGAAAUGGCAAAAGAAUAUGAACAAUAAGGAAGAAAUGAGGAACGAAUCGAAUAUUUAGGAACGUAACGAAAAAAUAUGGAACGUAAAAUGUUCAGAAAGACUUAUGGUUAAAUUAAAGAAGAUAAAUACUAAAAGGUGGGAAAAAGAAGAGGAAGACCGAGGAAAGAAUGGUUGGUAGAAAUUAGAUGAGAUUUAAGAAUAGUAGGAUUGAGAAAUUUGCAAAAUUAGACAAAAAACAGUAAAAAAAUGGUAAAUUUUCAUUUUUAUUUAAUUAUUACUUAGACUUCGCACCUGAAAACGUAUAUCAACCAUUUUCUCACUAUUUUAUAUUUAAAUUGUAUGAAAAAUUUCAAUUUGAUUAAAUUUUGAGUCUUUACAGUACCUUAACACGUACUUCAAUUUUUUUGUAAAUCUUUAAUUCAUCUAAUCUAUGACAAAAGAAACUUUUUCGAAUUAUUUCGAAAAAAAACUGUUUUUUUUUUCGUUCCAACCUAUUGUAGAUAUUAGAAAACGUGAAAAUAUAAACAUUUUUAUAAGAGUUUAUUUGUGUAGUUUACAGUGUGUUUGCAAGAAUCAUCCCACUUUAAGUGAAAUGUUGUACAGUUUUAUAAUUUGUUUAGAAGGAACGAAAUGUGUCACAAGUGAGAAUGUCAGAGACAUUUAAGCGUAUGAAGAAAAAAAAAUAGUCCAGUAGCAUAUAGGCAUAUCAUAUUUCGGAUUCCUGCUUAACUUGUUAUAUUAAAGUAUUUUAGAACUUAGAAAUUAUAUAGAAGUCUAUAGAAAAUAAAUAUAUUGUUAAAACUGUGAAUAUACACUAUAACUUGUUGAGAAUUAUAACACGUGAACAGAUAAAAAAUUUAUUUAAUUAAGUUUUUAUUAGUACGUUCAAUAAAUUAUAAUAUUUAUUACAUAAAGUCAGUCAUAUGUUUUAUUUUUCAUUCACGACAAUAAUAGAAAUAUCGUUAUUUGAACAAAGAAAACUUCAGAUAAGAAAUAUAGCGAAAAUCACAAAAAACUUUUUACUCAUUAGAAAUUGAUUUUUAAAAACUUGUUUAAUUCACCUCAACAAACAACAAAACUCGCACAAUAAACUAACGAAUUAAAGGUAAACAACAAUGUGCUUAAUCUCAUCUUGAUUAGAAAAAAAUCAUAAUUAGCUGCCUAUUUACAAUCGUUACAUCCGAAGCGCAAUCCAAUUUCGUGAUGGAUUUGACUACAUCGUCACUCAAACAUAGAUUUUAUCAUAUUCAAAGCAUUAUAUUGUGAAAUUAUCUUACCCAAUUCUUCAAUCGCUUCUGUAUUAGUAACCGGCAACAAAGAUUAGUUAGUUCUCCACAGCUAAAUCAUUAUCUAUAAUGCAUUUUGAGCUUUGGUUGAUUCUAAAGGCAAAAAGAACUACACCAAACAUCCAGUUCCUUUUCUACAACAACCUGGUGAUGUACUAGCUCCAUUUGGUUCGCUGAAUCAAAGUUUCGUAGGGUGUCAGAGAGAAGACAGAAGAUCGCAAUUCCGGUUGAAUUAUUCUCUGUCGUCGAUCAUUUGGCCGAUAAACCUGGUCGUGGGGUUAUAGAGAAAUUUCUGUGACUGACAAGUGGAGAGGUAGGAAUUUGGUUCAUCUAAGUCGAUCAGUCGUGGAAGGCUAGGAAAUUUUCGAGAAAUUGUAGAAGAAGAAAAAGCUUGGGUUUACGUUAAAUAAAAUUGGAACCCAUAAGACCAUUUUAUCCGGAAAAAUCGAAAUAUCAACUAGACGAACGAAAUUAUUGCGGUACUUUUAGACCACAAUAUCUAUUUCCCAAUUUCUAAAAUUCAAUUUGUAUCUAAGAACGACAUAUUCAGUUUAAAAAGUUAUACUUUUACUCAAAUGGUAGCAGAUAUUGCUUAGUUUUGAAAAGUCUCUUCUUCUUCUUCUUCUUAUUUUAAGACUAUGUCUUGUGUUUUCAAAGAGGCAGCCUAAGUUGUGACUCCGAGGACCAGCUUUCAUACCAGCGCUUUGGUGGUCUUCCAGGCGGUCUACUUGUAUUGGGUCUCUCUUCCUUUGCGAUUUUCGCCAGUCGAUCGUCGUCCAUUCUGUUGACAUGAUCUCCCCAUGCUCUUCCUCUAGUUCUGGCCCAUCUCACUAUAUCCGGAACGUCACAAAUUCUUCUAAUUUCAUUGCUCCUUAUUCUGUCUCUUAGUGUUUUCCCUAUGAUUGAGCGUAAUGUCUUCAUCUCGGUCGUUCUAAGAGUCCGCUUAGUAGUUGCAGUCUCCGCCCUCGUUUCUAUGGCGUAUGUCAUUACUGGUCUGACACAAGUUUUAUAUAUCCGUGUUUUGCUUUCGAUACUUAAAAAUUUAUUCCUCCAUAUCACGGUUCGAAGGAAUCCCGAUAUCCUAGAUGCUGCUGUUGUUUGCAAUUUGACUUCUUGUUUCAAGUUCCUAUUGCUCGUGAUGUUAACCCCUAAAUAUUUAAAAGACAUAACCUGCUCUACACUUUUAUUAUAAAUUGCCAGUUUGCAUCUUCUUGGUUCUCUCGCUAUUGUCAAGGAUUGUGUCUUUUGUGUCGAUAUGAUCAUAUUGAAUUUUCCUGCAACUGUUUCAAAUCUGUGUAGCAGUUUUUGCAGAUUAUCCUCAUCUUCGGAUAUCACAACCGCGUCAUCAGCGUAACAAACUAUCUUAAACUCAUGUUUUCCCAUUCUGCAUCCUCUGCCUACCGUUUUGACUUCUUUUAUGAUUUCGUCCAUUAUAAUGUUGAAGAGUAUUGGGCUGAGACUAUCUCCUUGUCUGAUCCCUGUUGAUAUUGAUAUUGAUUGUUGAUAUUUGCGUUGUUCAUGUCCCGAAUGAUGUCUAUUGUCCUUUGGUUUACGCCACGUUCUUUUAGUAGCUCAAUGACGUCAUGUAAUCUCACUCUGUCAAAUGCUUUUGUUAAGUCUAAGAAGCACAUAUAUGCAGUUUUAUUGUACUCUAUGGCCUUUUCGGCAAUCUAUCUUAAGAUGAAUAUAGCAUCUCUGGUUGAUCUAUUUUAUCUAAAUCCCUGUUGUUCUUCGCUCAUGCCGCUACUUGAGAUUUCUUCUGCAAUAUUUUUUGUUGGUAAUUUUGAAGUCGUGCUCAGGAGGCUGAUCCCUCUAUAAUUAUUUGGAUCUUUGAAAAGUAUCGAGUGAUAUUUUUGAAAAAUUAAAAUUUUUGGAAAAAAACCAAACUAUAUGAAAAAUCUCCCAAUAAUUAAGCAAUAAUGUACUUUCCUCUGGACGAAUAAAGCUUUGGGGUGUUGUUUGGAGAUAUUUAUGACUCGGUUUCUACCCUCUCACUUUUAAAAUUACCUUAAGUUUUGAAGAGCGAUAUCUAAUGAACUAUUCGACCUAAAAAGCUAUAAUUUAACUCAAAUUAUAGCAAAUCUUAUUUAUUUUUACUAUAUAGUGACAUUUUUGUAGAAUACACAUUUUGUAAAAAAUCAGAGCUUUAUAAAGAAAACUCUCAAUAGUCCAGAAAUCGUCCGGUUUUACUUGGACGAAUGGAAUUUUCUUGGUACUAUCUGGGAAUAACUAGGACACAAUUUUUUGAAAAAAAAAACGAUCUAAUAAGACCAAAAAGCUAUGAGUUUCUUCAACUAUUACUUCCUACACCUUUUUAAAUUUUUUUCGCGAUGAUUGAUCUUGUUUUUAGAUCUAGAAAAACUAUGAUUCAAUUUAAAUGGUAGCAAACCGUGUCUAUUUAAAAAAAAAUAUUUUUUUGGCAAAUAUAAUUCAAGCACAGAUUUCAGCGGCUUUUUUGAGUACUAUGUGCUCAGACUUUCAAACUCUCAACAAUCCAGAAAUCAUCCGGUUUUGCUUGGACGAAUAGAAUUUUCUUGAUACUAUUUGGGAAGUCUCUUGUGAUUGGCUUGGGUAAAUUACUUUUGAAUAUGAAUAUAAACAGUUAAAUCUUCCUCUUGUUAACAAUCUAUUCGUGAAGAAAUGGUUUUAAGACAAAAUCAGCUGUUAUUUCGAAGUGAAAUUCCUAAUAUGACAUACUAUAAAUUCUUUUAGUUUAGAAUAAUAAAAUACAAAAUAAAAAUUGACAUAUGACUGAAAAUGCGAAAUUUCAUUUCCUGGAAUAAAAUUAAAUAUACCAGGAAGUUUAAGAGUAGGAUAAUGAAGUUUUACAAAAAAAAUGGCUUUUUCUGUAACUUCAUAUUUGUAAACUAUGUUAUAUUUGUUAGAUACUGAUGUUUUUAUUGUUAAAUUAUUUAUUAAUUAUUAUUUUCUAAUUUGUUAAAACCAACUCACUCCACUCACGAAAUAACAAUAAAAACAUUAAUAUGAUUCGUUUUUUAAAACGAGACACGAGAAAAGUUGUUAAUGGUGUAUCUAGUAGAUUGUUAUUAUUAGAAAAUUUUUAUUAAUAUUAGUACACUAAUGAAGAAACCAGUUUAUGGUAUGUUAAUUUUUGCUGACAAUAUAACAUAUAUAA